GCGAAUUUCGUGCUACCUACGUAGGUAGCCAUUUUGCUGCUUUACGAAACACAGCACCAGCCGCAUUGCCAAUAAUACCUGAUUAUUUUCCUUUUACUCCAGAGCUAUUGCAGACCAACGAAAUGACUGGGUGUGAAGUAUGGGCGUUGAGAAGUCAUUUUGGCGGAGAGCAGUGUGCAGGAAGAGGAAGGGUGCGUCUGGUGCGUCAUCGGCCACGGAUGGUGAUUUGGUGAACGACGAAAUGGGAGGAAGCCUGGCGAUCACCCGCUCCUCACCCAACUCAGCCCAACCUCAACAUGAUUUGCGUUGGGGACCGAGGAACCUUUGCACUGUCCGCCAUGUAGAGAUGAGCCCUAGACCACUCGUUUGAACGACCUCUUCGCACUCCAGUGAUACGAGAGACAUCAGGCGAAGAUGAUAGGGACGUCCACGGUUGAGUGGAUGUUGAUCCGCGUGUCUAUAUUCGCAUUUCGAUACGCGCCAAUUCUCUACAGUAUCCCAAUUGUCCUGCUGACCAGCGUCCACGGCGCAAAAGCCUGGACGUUCUUCUCGACCUGGACCUUCACGGUCCUGCUUCUCGCCGAAGCCUUCUUCUACGUCCUCGCCUGGAAGCCUGCGCAACGACGGCUCAGACUCCAAGCCCAGCACCCCGCACCUCCAACGCGCGACGAACGACGCGCUCUGUUCCAAAGAUGUAUCACCACUGCACCAGAUCCGGCGGCGUACGUACAAGGGUGGUUUCUGGGGGCGGACCUGGACGACAUUCGACGCGACAAUGUCCGCGAGUUCCUGCUAUGGGCCUUCUUCGACCAUGACGGCACGUCGUCCGCGGACGGCGACGAGGACGAGUUGGAAGACUACGUGGCUGGCAUCGAACAAGCCCUGGGUCGAAAGUUGGAACCAGGCCGCAGCUCCGUCAAAUCUCUCAGGCUGACAUUCGACAAGAUCGAGACGGCAUACCGUGGCUUGCUCUGGUACGCCGUCGUCUUCAUGGUCGAUCAAGCGACACAUGCACUGAUGAUGUGGUAUGGCUUCCAAUACCAUGCGGCUGAGUCUGCUCGUCAGACAUUCCCACCGCGGCCGCAGAAUCUCUGGACGUCGAAAAGGUCGCCCGUCCGCAAUCUGAGCUACUGGUACCACCCGCACCAGGCGAACAACACCCAGCAACCCGUCGUCUUCUUCCACGGUAUCGGCAUCGGGCUGCUCACGUACAUUGGCUUCCUGAACGGGAUUCGCAGGAGGAGUAACACGGGCAUCGUAGCUAUCGAGCUGCUACCCAUCUCAUUCCGGCUGACAGAUCCGCCGCCGAACCGCGUCGAGUUUGUGCGACAAAUGGUGACGAUCCUCGACCACCACCGUUGGGACCGGGUGGCUCUCGUCUCCCACUCGUACGGCUCGGUCCUGACGACGCAUGUCCUCGGCUCGCCGCUGCUGCAGUCCCGGGUGACCUCUGUGGUCCUGACCGACCCAGUGACCAUCAUGCUGCAUCUGCCUCAUGUCGCGUACAACUUCACCCGGCGACGUCCUCGCCUGGCCAACGAGUGGCAGCUGUGGUACUUUGCCAGCACGGACCCCGGGGUGGCCCACUGCCUGGGACGGCACUUUUUCUGGCGCGAGAACAUCAUCUGGGCCGAAGACCUUUUGCACAACGACCGCAAGGUGGCGGUGUCCUUGGCCGGGCGGGAUAUCAUUGUGAACACGGCAGCGGUGGGUGAGUAUCUGGAGCAGGAGAAGAAUGUCCAGGUGGUCAGCUUCCCCGGUCUCGACCACGCACAGGUCUUUGACGACCGGCGAGGCCUGCAGACGCUGGUCGAUCUGGUGCAUGCGACGACGGCCGCCUAUUGAUACUUCAUAUCUGAUCUGAAC